GAUGUAUCAUGGGUAAAUUGUGACAAGGCUGUCUAGGUCUCUCCUUCUGACCUGCAAAUGGUUUUGAAGAGAGUCGAGUGGACCGUUCUUUGUUCGUUAUACCCAUAUAGAUACAGGACUCAUCUUUAUAUCUGUGCCAUUGUAGCGUAUGUGACAGUUUUAGGAAUGGGAAUCGCCAUUGCGGCUACAACUCAUAGGAAUCCCGGUUUAUACCUCAUUGGAGAGGACGCGAAGUGGAAGCAAUUGAGAUUGCCCCAAAAGUAACCAGAACAUUCCCCCGAUGCAUUGUGGGUGUGUAGUGUUUGCUAACUUUCACGACAUUGCAGCAUAGACGGGCUACCUUCAUCAAGCAUGGGAUGGGAGUCCUACGGCUACGGUAUCCGGCAGCUGAUAUGGUCCAGAGUGCAUGCAAGGUCUGGGGUGUAGACCUAUCCAGUGACUAACUUGUCAGGCAGAAUGGAUCCCAUGUCUGGUUCAACAGUUAAAGCAGAGGGCUUUGUGGUCGCUCACCCCUAUGCUGGCUCACCACCCCAGGGAUGCCCCAUGCAAAAGGAGACCAAACCAAGUGCACCAUUACCACCACCAGAGUGUCCCAUGCACAAGGCGUCCACCCCGGCCCAGGUUGAGAGCACGGCCCCCCCAACAGCCCCAGCUUCAGACCAGGCAGGGCCAACACAUCAGGAUCGGGCAUACGAGUUUGUGGAGUGCCCCAUGAAAGCAGCCAACAGAGAGAAAUUUGUGUCUGACAUCGAUAUAGCAAACAUGAUGCCGCCACCCAAUCAGCAGCCUGCCCCAGGUCAGCCCUUUGACCUGUCAGUGAACAGAGAGGAGUCCCAGAUCCCCCGGGGUGGUACAGAUCAGAACUGGGUCUACCCCUCGGAACAGAUGUUCUGGAAUGCCAUGCUGAGGAAAGGAUGGCACUGGAAGGAUGAAGAUCUUGGUCAAAAAGACAUGACAAACAUCAUCAAGAUUCACAACCAGAACAAUGACCAGGCAUGGCAGGAGAUCCUCAAAUGGGAACAAUUCCAUAAGAAGGAAUGUCCAUGCGGACCCUCCCUGUUACGGUUUGGAGGCAAAGCAAAAGAAUUCACUCCUAGAGCCAGAUUUCGCCACUGGAUGGGGUAUGGCUUACCGUUUGACAGGCACGACUGGAUCGUAGACCGCUGUGGAAAGGAGGUGCGCUAUGUGAUUGACUAUUACGACGGCGGUGAGAUCAAUAAGCAGAACUUUACCAUCCUGGACGUGCGUCCUGCCUUUGACUCCCUCAGCGCCGUGUGGGACCGUAUGAGAGUGGCCUGGUGGCGCUGGACCUCCUCUUAAACCCCAACACUCCCCACACUAAUAGCCUGAUCCCAGAUCUGUAUGAUGUCAUGCCAUUCAAUGAUAGUCAGAGAAGUUGGCUAAAUCACGUACAGAUCUGGGACAAGGCUAUCUACUACCACUUAAGAUCCAUAGGGUUGAAUACCGUCUCUAUGUUCUCAUUCAUUGAUUUGAGGGAGUACUAAUGUAUUUAUUGACCAGACUCUGGCACUCUGCUAAUAACUCAACUUUUAAUUGACAGCUAGAUUGGCUUCAUUGCUUGAAGUGAACUGUUUUGAUUGACUUUGAGUCCACACACGCAAUCACAUGUAUAUUUACUCACUGUAAAAAUUGUUUGUUUGGGAGGACAUACUAAUUGGUGGCUUUUCUUUAGUGAAUCUUUUCUCCUAAGUUGAUAAAAUGGAACUGUUUGCUAUUUGUAUCCCAUAUUAUGUUUAAAGUAAAGGCAUGUUUGUAUGGUGUUGUUUUAAGUUAAAGGGAGGGCUACUGUAUUUGUGGGUUUGUAGCAUGUAUUUAAAGUGUCCCAAUGACUAAAUGCAUCAACUCCCAGGUCAAUGGAAGCAACCAUUUGGAAUGGACUCGCAAUGAAGACAAAUUGAUAAUGUAUUGUCCCAGAUAAAACAGGUUAAUGUGUA